AGAGGCGGAGCCUGAGCCUGAGGCCCAGAGUCGGCGUUUCCAAACGACAGCCCGAGGCCUGGAGUCCGGGAGCCGGCUCGACAUGAUACCAGAAUUACAAAAAAGCACCGUCCAUAUCCAGGAACCAGAGCGUGUGGAAAGAAUUAUUUCCGCCCUCUGUGAUGGGGGAGCCUCCAAACUUCAGGUUAUUACAGAUUUUGAUAUGACUUUAACUCGAUUUGCCAAGACCACCAAAAAAAGGGUAACCUGUUACAGUAUUAUUCAGGACAGCACAUUAAUUAGCGAUGAAUGCAAGAUAAAGAUGAACGAACUUCUCAACUUCUACUAUCCCAUUGAGAUUGACCACUCACGCAGCAUCGAAGAGAAGUUUCCCCUGAUGAUCGAGUGGUGGACGAAAGUUCAUGAGCUCCUCGUGGAGCAGAAGAUUGAAAAGAGCAAACUGGCCAAAACUGUGAAGGAAUCAGGUGCUGAGCUGAGGGAUGGAUUCGGGAUUUUCUUCGAUGAACUUCACAAACACGGUGUUCCUGUCUUGAUAUUUUCAGCUGGUGUAGGUGAUGUUCUGGAGGAAAUCAUUCGGCAGUUUGAUGUCUAUCACCAAAACGUCACGGUGGUGUCAAACUUCAUGGACUUUGAUGAGAAUGGGUUUCUGAAAGGAUUUAAAGGUGAAAUAAUCCAUGUUUACAACAAGAGUGAGGGGGCCCUGCACAACACCAAACACUUACAGCAGCUGAGAAGCCACAGCAACGUCAUUCUCCUGGGAGAUUCACUGGGGGAUCCCAACAUGGCCGACGGAGUCCAAAACCAGGAGAAUAUCCUGAAAAUUGGAUUCCUGAACGAUAAGGUUGAUCAGCUCCUGAACAAAUACCUGGCUUUGUAUGACAUAGUUCUCGUGAAUGAUGAAACAUUGGAUGUUGCGAAUGGAAUCUUGAAACAUGUUCUCAAUCCCAAUCAUUUGUUAAAUUGCCGACGGGACAGUUAGUCUGCAAAUGUCAGAAUUACCUCUGUGUUUCAACUCAGGGCCAGGUUUGGAAGACUGUCAGCAAGUUUGUUUAAUGUGGUUUGUGAUGCACAAAGAGCUGAAAAUGUGUUGCUGGAAAAGCGCAACAGG